GCUGUUUCAUUUAGAACACAUUAAACGAUGGUGAAGGCUGUGGCUGUUCUUGGCAGCAAUGAGGGUGUCAGUGGGACUAUCUACUUCACCCAAGAAGCUGAUGGCUCUACAACAGUAAGUGGAAAUAUUUCUGGCCUUAAGCCUGGUCUCCAUGUUCAUGCACUUGGGGACACAACAAAUGGUUGCAUGUCAACUGGACCACAUUUCAAUCCUGCUGGCAAAGAGCAUGGUGCUCCUGAGGAUGAGAAUUGGCAUGCUGGUGAUCUUGGAAAUGUCACUGUUGGUGAUGAUGGGACAGCCAAGUUCACAAUAAUUGACAAGCAGAUUCCACUUUCUGGACCAAAUUCCAUUAUUGGAAGAGCUGUUGUUGUCCAUGAAGAUCAGGAUGAUCUUGGCAAGGGGGGACAUGAGCUUAGCAAAAGCACCGGAAAUGCUGGUGGCUGAGUAGCUUGUGGUAUUAUUGGUCUGCAAGGAUGAACUGCUGCUCCCAAAACCGUUAAUCUAGUGUGUAGAGCAUUAUCUCCUGCAAUUAGGCUUGUGAAGGACUUCCUGAGUACUCUUCUAAAUAAAUGACAAACCUCUUUCUUAUCAGUAUUACAUAAAGUUCAUCAAAUUUUCAUUUGCCUUAGUUGUAAUGUUCUCAUACGCAUGCACGUAAGGGAUGUACCAAGCAACCCCCAGUGUAUCUCAAUCUAACAUUCAAGGGUCAUAGCA